CAGAAGCCAGAGGGAUAGAACGACUUUCAAGAAUUUCGUGCCGUUACAACGAGCGAGGGAAAUGGAGUCUGAAGAAGCAUUACGGUGGAGGAGAAAUGGUCACGCAUCGACACCGCCGGGCACUCGCCAACCAAUGACCAGAGCCCCUCAAGCACAAGAGAUAGUUCCUACGUCGAACAUAUCAACGCCAGAGGACGAUGCCCUUGAUUUCUCGCCAGCUCCAGAUUCAAAUGUACGAAAGUCUGAACUGAGUCCAACAUCCUCGGUAACAGCCACCGCCGAGCAUCUGUCCAGGCACGAGACCAAGCCAGGACCAAGAACCCUGAGAAGAAAAAAGGGGAAGAGCGUGAUGAGAAUGCCGCCUCGAGACAGUACACUCGACGUUCCGCCCGCACCUCACUCACCAUCUUCGGCAACCAACCAGCUACCGACCGAGCAAAUCCAAGCGCAAACUCAAGGGCUAUCCGACCAACCAUGUUCGUCAGUCUCAGCUCACAGUAGCACAGAGUCAGAUGGAACCUCCCCGUCCUUGACAUUGCGUGGUGGACAGGACGAAUCCAUCACGAGCCAGCCAAAUGAAACGAAUCAGUCAGCUGAUACUGAACACCACGAAACCGCCCAUCACGACUUACGUCAAACCGAAGCUGUCAACGAACCCAAAUUCAAAGAGUCCGUCCACAACUCGUCCGGAUGGCAAAUUUGGGUCAAGAUCAUCGUCACACUUGUCUUCGGCAUAGCUGCCAAGCACUUCCUACCGCAAACUGCCCUCGACAUGUCCGUCUCCAAUUCCUCGACUCCUGGAACGGAGUGGACGAUUCCCCCUCCCACGACACUGUUGGGCCUGAUGUCGGUCCAUAAUAAGGACUCGGCAAUGGACACUGCGGAGUUCGGACUGUAUCUCAAGACAGCGGUGACGAUUCACCAGGCGAUAUUGUUCGAGAAUAUGCGGGAACUUGCCCAAGAUGUACAUCGCCAGCAAAACGAUGAACUCGUCGAAAUGGAGAAGAUCAUCGUGGAGCUGCUGGAUCAAGGGUUACGUGAGAUUGAGAUCGAGCGGGUGAGGGCGCGGUUGUUGAGAGUGACAGGGACGUUGAGUCUUCGCACCAUUACUGCUCAGGAUCAUGACGCUGAAUUGCAUGGGAACGGGCUUGAGAGAGGUGUGGUAGAGGCAGUGAACCUUGUGGUGGAGGAGUAUUUGAGGAGCUGUACUCUCCGAGCUGAUACUCGAAAAGAUUGA